AUGUUGGAGUUAGCACUUUGGACCCGGCAGUUGGGAGAAAUUGAGAAAGGAGAAGGCUUGUAUACGCCGGCGGUAGGACUUGUUGCAUUGAUGGCAUCUGAAAUCUCCAUCGGCUACAACAGCAGCCGCAACAGAGUCCAUAUCUCUCGGAGACAGCCUGUGUUCCAGACGGAGAGCAAACCAACCGGGCCUUGGAUCGAGGAUCAAUGUAUCUAUGAGGACCUGCGAGUCCUUCGUCCUAUGAGAGCAAAAGUGAUAAUUGUUGGUAAGCUCGGCUGGAUGUCCGAGCCUCCCUUCCUGCUAUUCCUAAACACCACGUCAGAAUGGAUUGAUGAUGCUCACGAUCAUCAGGAUCUGGGAUGCAGUUGA